GUCAAGGGAGGCCCCAAAACAGUCUACACAGCAGGAGGGAUGGCCGGGGCUCUAGAGCUAUAAGUGGCAUCUCAGGGCCCUGAUGGGCGUCUCGCCAUGCUCUUCCUGGGGCUGCUGCUGCUGCUGCCCCUGCUGGCUGGCGCCCGCCUGCUAUGGAACUGCUGGAAGCUCAGGAGCCUCCACCUCCCGCCUCUUGUCCCGGGCUUCCUGCACCUGCUGCAGCCCGACCUCCCCAUCUAUCUACUUGGCCUGACUCAGAAAUUCGGGCCCAUCUAUAGGCUCCACCUUGGGCUGCAAGAUGUGGUGGUGCUGAACUCCAAGAGGACCAUUGAGGAAGCCAUGGUCAAAAAGUGGGCAGACUUUGCUGGCAGACCUGAGCCACUUACCUACAAGCUGGUGUCUAAGAACUACCCGGAUCUGUCCUUGGGAGACUACUCUCUGCUCUGGAAAGCCCACAAGAAGCUCACCCGCUCAGCCCUGCUGCUGGGCAUCCGUGACUCCAUGGAGCCUGUGGUGGAGCAGCUGACUCAGGAGUUCUGCGAGCGCAUGAGAGCCCAGGCCGGCACCCCUGUGGCCAUUGAGGAGGAAUUCUCUCUCCUCACCUGCAGCAUCAUCUGUCACCUCACCUUCGGAGACAAGAUCAAGGAGGACAACUUAGUGCCUGCCUAUUACAAAUGUAUCCAGGAGGUGUUAAAAACCUGGAGCCACUGGUCCAUCCAAAUUGUGGAUGUGAUUCCCUUUCUCAGGUUCUUCCCCAAUCCAGGUCUCCGGAGACUGAAGCAGGCCAUAGAGAAGAGGGACCACAUCGUGGAGAAGCAGCUGAGGCAGCACAAGGAGACUUUGGUGGCAGGCCAGUGGAGGGACAUGAUGGACUACAUGCUCCAAGGGGUGGCGCAGCCGAGCAUGGAAGAGGGCUCUGGACAGCUCCUGGAAGGGCAUGUGCACAUGGCUGCAGUGGACCUCCUCAUCGGUGGCACUGAGACCACUGCAAACACUCUCUCCUGGGCCGUGGUUUUUCUACUUCACCACCCUGAGAUUCAGCAGCGACUGCAGGAGGAGCUAGACCAUGAACUGGGCCCCGGUGCCUCCAGCUCCUGGGUUGCCUACAAAGACCGCGCACGGCUGCCCUUGCUCAAUGCCACCAUCGCCGAGGUGCUGCGCCUGCGGCCCGUUGUGCCCCUGGCCCUGCCCCACCGCACCACACGGCCCAGCAGCAUCUGCGGCUAUGACAUCCCUGAGGGCACAGUCAUCAUCCCGAACCUCCAAGGCGCCCACCUGGAUGAGAUGGUCUGGGAGAGGCCACAUGAGUUCUGGCCUGAUCGCUUCCUGGAGCCAGGCAAGAACUCCAGAGCGCUGGCCUUCGGCUGUGGGGCGCGUGUGUGCCUGGGAGAGCCCUUGGCGCGCCUGGAGCUCUUCGUGGUGCUGACCCGACUGCUGCAGGCCUUCACGUUGCUGCCCCCUGGGGAUGCCCUGCCCUCCCUGCAGCCCCUGCCCCACUGCAGUGUCAUCCUCAAGAUGCAGCCAUUCCAAGUGCGGCUGCAGCCCCGGGGCACGGGGGCCCACCGCCCGAGCCAAAGCCAGUGACGGGGCAGGAUCGAUGCCAGCCAGGUGCCUCAGUUUCUCCUUUAUUGCUCCCGUAUGAACCCCUCCCCCCACUGUAAACAUAGUGCUGCGAGAUCGCUGGCGGAGAAGGCUUCCUCCAGCGGCCGGGUGGUGAAGGCCCCUGGCUCUUCUCUCGGGGCGACCCCUCAGUGCUCGGCAGUCAUACUGAGAGAGGUGGGCAGCAGCUCAGCCUCCCCCGGCUGGGGAGCGAAAGUUUCUUGGUCUCAGCUUCAUUUCCGUGAAGGGCACCGAGAACUCGAAGCCCUUCCAGUAGUACCAGCUCACUCCCUGGGAAAGGGGUUGUCAAGAGAGAGUCAAAUCCGGAUGUCCCAUCUGCUCCUCCCGUUUGCCUUAAGGAGGUGGCUCCCAGCACUCAACCAACCUUCCCACACAGCUCCCCUUCUGCCCCUCCGCCACAGAGGAUUGAGGCUUAAUCCUGAGCUGGCCCUUUCCACCCAAUAAAUCACCUCCAGCUCCCUCUGA